CCCCAAACGACCAAGCCGCUCUCUGUCCACCACCGUCCUGGCCCCCCGACAUCAUGCACAAAUUCAAUCUGAAGGCAGCCGAGUUUAGUCCCUUUGCGCCACCGGUAUCGAUGCCGGAGAGCGGCCGCAACGAAGCGCUGGCAUACAUUGACGACGAGGACAACCGCGAUGCUGGCGACGAGCAUCGUGAAUAUCACGACGAUAGUGAAUACUAUGAUGAUGGUGAAUACUAUGACGGUGAAGAGUGCCAAGUAUACCCCGAAGACGAUGAACAAGACGGAUACCAUGAGGAUGAUGCAGAAGGCGGGAUUGAUCCAAGUGGCAAACAAGGCGCCGCCGAUAUUCAUGGCAAUCCCAGCGACGACGAUGACGAUGACGAUGACGACCCGACGCUCAUGUCCCUGACCUUGAUGGAGAUGAUUCAAACCGUCUUCAGCGACCUGGACGUGGAUCGUAUCGAUGCCAUCGUUCGGGACUGCAACUAUGAUAUCUCGCAGAUUCUUGACCGCCUUUGCGUCGAUACUGAGGAUCAGAAGACCAGCCAACUGCUGGCCCCAUUACCAACACCAGCACCAGCAUCAGCACCAACACCAACACCAACACCAACACCAACACCAGCAUCAGCUACAGCGGGCUCUCGGACCAUCUGCCGGCAUUUCCUUGCCGGAGGUUGCUAUCGCUCAGAUUGCUGGUAUUCGCACGAUACCCGGGAUGUCAUCUGCAAGUUUUGGGCCAAAGGCUUCUGCUCCAAGGGCAGCGGUUGCGAGUUUGUCCAUGGUGCCGAUCUUGCCGGUCGGCUCUCGAACGCUGUUGAGCACAAGUCUGCGGCAUCGGCGAGUAUCCGGCCAAACCCAAGGCCGACCAGCAAACCAUCGGUGCCCAUCAACAGCCUCGACGAGUUCCCAUCCUUGGGCGGACCGAACAAGUCAUCAUCUGCCUCUGGGCCUGCAGCUACUUCCAAGCACGUCCGUGCGAUUGACCUUCGCACACCGUCCAACUUUGCCGGAGCCGUCGCCAAGGUCCCAUCGGUCGCGCCCGCAAAUGCCCUGUACGGCACCCAGCCGCUGCCUUCAGUUGCUGCCAAGCCGAUCCGGGCCAAGUUUGUGGCCUCGGAACUGACCACAUCUCGGGCAAAAGCGCACCAACGACACCGCGCAAGUGGAGGCAGUCGGCUCGAUUGGCGGGAGACAGGCGACACCCUGGCGGCCCAAUAUGACAAGUUCCGCGAAGAAGCAAAGGAAGUCGCCGUGGCCCGUAACAAGCUCUUCCAGCUUGCCACGCAGGCAUAUGUAUCAGGCAACCGGGGCGCCGCCAAGGCACUGUCCUUGCAAGCACACAAGCUGAAUGAGCAGAUGGAAGCCCUGAACUGGCAGGCAGCCGAAGCGACCUUCCAGCACCGAAACGAAAGCGACUCUGCCGGAGAGGCUCGAUGCACAAUCGACUUGCAUGGUUUGCAUCCGAGCGAAGCUAUUCAUUUCCUCUCUCAGCGACUCGAGACCCUCAAGCGGGAGAUUGCCCGUCGAGGCACGCACCGGACCCUUCAGAUCAUCACCGGCACCGGCCACCACUCGCAAGGCCGUGAGAAGCUCCGUCCGCUCGUCAAGCGGUUUCUGGUCGAGAACCAGUACCGCUUCUAUGAGCGCGGCAUGGGUGACGGGCUGGGCGGCAUCCUAUGCAUCGACCUAUGACCGCCCGUGGAGAGGAGUCGACUGCCUCGUCCGAGGAUAUGUGCUGAAGCGCUAGAAUACAUGGCUCUGGAAGUACGGAUUGCAGUGUCUUCGCAUCCAGUCUCGUCGCUGGUCCGCAACCGCAUACACAAUGCCGACCAUGUGGAAUCAAGAGAGCAGCUUGCGCAAACACCCUCAACUGUUGCGGAGCUGGUUGGAGAAGUGUCUGGACUUGAUCGCGCAGUAUGUCACUCACAAGGGUCAAUAUAUAUUACAGUCGAUUCAUAG